GCCCCGCCCGCUCCGCCCCGCUCCCGCCGCGCCACCGCUGACGCCCCCCGGCACCCGCCGUCAUGCCCCUGGCCGCGCCGCCCGCGCUCCUGCUGCCGCUGCUGGGGCUCGCCGCUGCUGCCGUCGCGGACUGUCCUUCAUCUACUUGGAUUCAGUUCCAAGACAGUUGCUACAUUUUUCUCCAAGAAGCCAUCAAAGUAGAAAGCAUAGAGGAUGUCAGAAAUCAGUGUACUGACCAUGGUAAAAGGUUUAUUCUUUUCUGUUUGUUUUUUCACAAAUUAGUAAACACAUACAUUCUAAUUUUAAUUUUCUUUCAUAUUUUAGUUCCAUACAAAAGGAAAUAUUUAUCAGAUAACCAUAUUUUAAUAUCAGCUUUGGUGAUUGCUAGCACAGUAAUUUUGACAGUUUUGGGAGCAAUCAUUUGGUUCCUGUACAAAAAACAUUCUGAUUCUCGUUUCACCACAGUUUUUUCAACCGCACCCCAAUCACCUUAUAACGAAGACUGUGUUUUGGUAGUUGGAGAAGAAAAUGAAUAUCCUGUUCAAUUUGAGUAAGUUUUUGGUAAUCUUGCACUAAGACAUCAACAAAAUGCCCUGGCAGAGAUUCUUGGGAAAAAAUUUUAAUAUAAAACUUGACAUUGGAUAUUAGAGCUUUAAUGGUUUUCCUUAUUCCAGUAAUAUUUUUAUAUAUUCAUCUGUUGUGAAAAGAAUCUUCAGGUUCAUUAAAAAAACAGGUUUUAGAAAUGAUCUUAGAUCUAAUAUAGUGAUUUUAAGCAUCCCGUCAAAUGCAGAAUCUGUCACUUGAAUGAAGGAAAGCUUAAAGCCCAAGAAGCAGAUAAAAAUAAAAGCCCAGCCUAUUUAUCUUGCCUGUUGUAUCUUCCCUUCUAGUUAGUUGACCCACAUACGUUUAUUAGUAAACAUGAAAUAGGGAAUAAGUGAUUUUAAGUACAUUCCAUACAUUUAAGUAUCUUUGAUAAUUGUUUCUUUGGCAGAUAAUUCUACUAGAAUGUGUAUCUCCUUUUAUGAUUUAGAUGAAGAAAAUUUUACAACUUUUAACACUCCACACCACAUAAUUUUAGUUUCAUUACACACACCAUUUUAUCACAAAUGACUCAAGUUUUAAUGAAUGUUUGUAAGUCUUUUGAAACAAAAUAUGAUCGCUGUGUCCAGGAUGGCAUGGAGAAAGCUGGCAAUUAGGUUAAGACUUAUAUAUCCUAGUGCCCCUUUAAGUAUUUCUUUCUUGCCACCGUACCUUUCGUACCUUCCCCUGUACAAGAUAUAUCUCAUUCUCCUCAAGCAUUUAUAAAUUUUUCCUUCAACGACAUGAAAACUGUGUAAACAAAAACCGAAGAAAAACACUAAGUACAACUGUAGUGACAAUGAUCAAAGUUAUCAGUGCAUUUAUUGUACAUUUUAAAGAAAAAGGUGAAAAUCAUUUGGGGAGUAAAAAAAAUGAAAAAGCUGAAAUGAGUGAUUUUCCUCACCAUCAAUAAAUCAAAAACAGGAAAGAUAGAAUGUAUAAAUUUCACAUAAACUAGUCAUGUAUCACUUAUCAAUGGGGAUACGUUCUAAGAAAUGCAUAGUUAGGGAAUCUUCUUGUGUGAAAAUCAGCUUGUACUUACACAAACCCAGAUGGUAUGGCCUAUUUUGUUCCAAACCUACACAGCAUGUUACUGUGCCGAAUACUGCAGACAACUGUAACACAACGGUAUUUGUGUAUCUAAAUAUAGAAAAGGCACAGUAAAAAUAUGGACUACUAAGGGAACACUGUUCUAUAUGUGAUCCAUUACUGACUGAAGUAUAUUGUCUAUAUUUAGAAGUCUGAAGCUCAAAGAAAAGUAAUCCCUCUCCUGAAUCCACACCCCAUCAAUUAUCUUACUUUCUUAUGGGGAGAUAUACUAUCUCACUAGCUUAACUAAUGGCAACAAAGUCCCAGCUUUUGUAAUCUUUUUAUUGACCACAUGAAUCGAAAACACUCAUCACAAUUAACAGCACUAUCAUUAAUGAGACAUGAGUAACUAAAAAGUGACAGAAAACUUAACAGUGUGGCUAUGUGGUACUGAAAAUGCAGGCAUUACACCAGCUGUUACACAAGCACAAGCAUGCUCCUUACAUUUCUGAGAUGUGGUGUAGUGUUUGAGAUGUCUAUUUUAUUAUUGAUAGACUAUUACUAAUGUCAAUAUUGAACAUUAUCCUGGAAUUCCUCCCUGGUUUUCCUACCCAAAUUGUACCACUCCUUGAAGAACUACAGGCAAAGUAAAAUUAUGGCAUAUUAUAUCAACUAAGAGUUCUAAAGGAGUUCUUAACGGAGUAGUAAAAUUUGGGUAGGAAAGUGAUUAAGUCCAACUUAAAAGCAACACUCUCAAACAUCCAGAACUACAAUGUCCAAUGAGCCAUUAACCACAUGAGGCUAUUUAAGUAAAUUAAGUAUAGUUUAAAAUCCAGUUUCCCAAUUACAUUAGCCACACUGUCAAGUGUUCAAAUCACGGGUGGUAGGUGGCUACCACACUGGGCAACAUACAUCAUAGAACAUUUUCAUUAUAGGAAGCUUUAUUGGGCAGUGCUGCCCUUAAAUCCUACCUUCCACUCAACUCCCACACAACUUUCUUUUGUAUGUUUUGAUGCUUUCUACCUAAUGGCAGCUCUUCCAAAACAGCUGUUUUAAACUCUGAUUUAAUGUUCAAUAUUUGGUUUCAUUUUUCAACAGGCCAAGAGGCCUCUGGUAAUGAAGUGCUAUAUACAUAUAUGAUGGAGUCUCGCUGUGUCACCCAGGCUAGAGUGCAGUGGCUCAAUCUUGGCUCACUCCAAUCUCCGCCUUGCAGGCUUUCAAGCGAUUCUCCUGCCUCAGUCCCCUUAGUAGCUGGGACUACAGACAUCUGUCACCACACCUGGCUUUUUGUCUUUUGGUAGAGACAGGGUUUCGCCAUAUUGGCUGGGCUGGUCUCAAACUCUUGACCUCAAGUGAUCCACCCACCUUGGUCUCCCAAAGUGCUGGGAGUACUUGCGUGAGCCACCACGCUCGGCCUACAUUUUAAUUUUCUUUAUAUACCAGAACAUCUAUAACGGGCCCCUUAUCUACUCAUUAGUCAAGAGAUAAUUGGAUUACACAGGCAGGCUUGUUUACUACAUUCAGAAUGUAGAAACUGCUUUCUUCAACAUCUUUGUUUUAGCUAGUAAUAACUAUAAUUCUUUGGCAGAUAUUUAGAAUAACAUUUUAAACUACAUUUUCUUAGAAAAUUGCAUUCUUUGUAGUGAGCAGUGUAAGGUCUCUUUUGUUCAGAAUUUAAAACUGAUAACCAAUGAAAGCCUUUUCUCUAAUUCCUCUACUGUCAUUUACAUGAUAAUCUGAAGCUAUAUGACAAUAUUUAAAUACUAAGUGGUACUAGGGAACUACAAGAAUACUGUAAAGCUUAAGCCAUUGUUAUCACUGUCAUUUAGCAUUUAAUGACAAAACUAUACAGAAUUAUAUGCAUACCAAUCAAUGUUUUGUACCAUGUAGUUAAAAUUUUUAAAUAAAGUUUUAUGGGUUAAGCAGAACAUAAUUGUCAUACUGAAUUUUAUUAAAAGUAUAUAUACUUCAAAUUCAAAGCAUCCCUAAGGACCCACAGAAUAUAUUAAAACUACCACCCUAAAAUUUUAUAUUUUUGCUUUAAGACAGACAAUGCAAAGAUAACUGGCAAGAGGUGAGCAAUAUUUUAGAACAUUUAUACUACUGCUUAAAAUGAGAUUUGCAAUUUUAACAAAAUUAUUGGUUAUGAA